AUGCCCGCGCUGGGCAUCGCGGGCAGGGGCGGCCAGACCCAGCUCCCCGCUGAGCGCCGGAGGAAGCAGAGCAGCGCCCAUCCCCGCUCCCAGGUGCUCGCAGCGGUAUCGUGCCAGCAGCAUCACCGGGUCCCCGAGCCGCCCAGCCACGCCGGGGCGGCGGAGCUGGGGGCGGCGGGGCUGCUGCUGGCCGCCUUCUCCGCCUCCGUCUGCAGCUUGCUGGCCAUCACCGUGGACCGCUACCUGUCGUUGUACAACGCUCUCACCUACCACAGCGAACGUACGCUGGGUUUCACCUGCGCCAUGGUGCUGCUGAUGUGGCGGUGGCUGCUGUGCCUCGGCGUGGGGCUCCUGCCCCUCCUGGGCUGGAACUGCCUGCGGGACCAGAGCGCCUGCAGCAUCCUGCGGCCGGUCACCAAGGACAACGCGGCGGUGCUGGCCGUCACCUUCCUGCUCCUCUUCGCCCUCAUGAUGCAGCUUUACCUGCAGAUCUGCAAAAUCGCCUUCAGGCACGCCCAACAGAUCGCCGUGCAGCAUCAGUUCAUCGCCACGGCGCAGGCCACCUCCACCCGCAAAGGGCUCUCCACCCUCUCGCUCAUCCUCGGUACCUUCGCCCUGUGCUGGAUCCCCUUCGCCAUCUACUCCCUGGUGGCCGACUCCAGCUACCCCGUGGUCUACACCUACUCCCUGGCUCUGCCCGCCACCUGCAACUCCCUCAUCAACCCCAUCAUUUACGCCUUCAGAAACCCAGACAUCCAGAAGUCGCUCUGGCUGGCCUGCUGCGGCUGCGUCCCUUCCACGUUCUCCUCCAGACCAAGGACAUCCAGCGAUGUGUGA